GGCCUCCGCCAUGCCUCUGCCCUUGGCCCUUGUGCUGCUCCUGGGCUUGAGCGCCCGCCGAGGCUGGGGCUGCCUGCAGUGUGACCGCUCGGUGCUGGAGGCCCUGAGCCAGCUGCGUGUCGCUCUCAUCCCCAGCCGCUUCCAAGUACAGCAGCUGCAGGCCCGCGCUCAGGCCCUGCUGCUGGGCAUGGAGGGGCCCUUCUUCCGAGACUACGCGCUGAAUGCCUUUGUGGGGAGAGUGGGGAUAGAACAGCUGGACCUUGUGGCGUCCUUUAUCAAGAAUCAAACAAACAGCUUAAAGGUUAAUUCUCUGAGAGACAGGCCUCUGCUGGAUGAACUGGUGGCUCUUCGGGAGAGGGUGAUCAAGGAACUCAAGAAGGCUUUAAGAUCGUAUGAAUUAAAAGUCUUGCUGAAAGACGAGGUCUUGGAUUGUUUACAUUGCCAGAGGAUUAGUCCCAAAUGCGUCAAAGAAAACUACUGUUUCGUCGACGGGCAGCCCCGCAUGGACCUGCAGUACCAGAAGGAGAGCGGAUCCCUGCGGAAUCGGGCCAUGUUCGGCAGCAUCAUUUCCGUGUGUCUGGCUGUCCUGGCCUUUGGAGUCAUCGUGGCUUCGUCCUUUCUUCUGGAGGCAAGUGCCUGCGACCCAGCAAUGGCCAUCAGGACCCUGGCAGGCAAGGACCAGGAAUCAGUGACCUUCAAAGAUGUGGCCGUGGACUUCUCCCUGGAAGAGUGGGGCCGCCUGGGGCCUGGCCAGAGCGAGCGGUAUUGAGAUGUGAUGCUGGAGAACUACCAGAACCUUCUCUCGCUGGGGGCAGGACUCCUUGGGUCCAAACCUGAAGUGAUCUCCCAUCUGAAGCGAGGGGAAGAGCCCAGGAUGGAGGAGAGAGGAGCCCAGCGAGUUCCCUGUCCAGACUUGGAGACAAGCUCUGCAACUACGCAGGAGACACUUCCCAUAAAGAAUGUUUCUGAAGAGGCAGCUUCCCCAAAGGGAAAGAUGGAGGGUAUUUUAAGGGCAGUGCUUGGAGACACCAAGCUUGGGGGCUCCUGGACAUGAGGCUGUCAACGAGAAGACCAGGGAAAUCAGAAGAGGCAUUUGAGGAGGUUGUUUGCUCCUCCCAAGGAAAACACCUGUGGGGAGAGGGGCUGUAACGAGAUUGGGAGAAGCUUCAGGCAGACCUCAGCCUUCAUCAGGAAGCAAAGGCUGCCUGGAGGAGAGAGGCCCAAGAAGUGGAAUGGGACAAGAAAGAGCCUGAAAUACCAAAGGACCUUUGUAGAAAAUAAACCAUUUAACUGCACAGCAUGUGGAAAGCCUUCAUCUAGCAUUCCAACUACGUUCU